AUGGAUGACCACAUCUUUGGAGAUAAAACAAAGAUUUCCGACUGGACAGGGAUUAGUUCAUUUAUUUCCAAACACUUUCCAGAUUUGGAUUCUUCUUCUCCAAUGUUUAAAUGUGCCUGUGUUUAUAAUCUAACUGAAGACGAAAAUUUUAUUGUCGACAGACACCCACAGAUUCCAAAUUUAUUUAUUGCGGGAGGCUUUUCUGGCACUGGAUUUAAACAUGCCUUAACUAUUGGAAAGAUUAUUAGUAAUUGGAUUAAUGGCAAAAAUGUUGAUUUUGAUAUGGAAAAGUUUAAAAUUAAUAGGAAAACUAAUGUUUUGAUGAAAGCUAGAAUUUAGAAAUUUUUUUUGAAAAAAUUUUUUUAGGAAAUUAUUUGUUUGAAAUUUCAGACAAAUUAAAAUAAUUAUUGUCCGAGUUGAGGAAUAAUUUCCUGAAUUAACAAAUGCUCAAUCUGGGUUUGCCUAUUAACUCGAUGCUAAAGCCCCGUUCCCAUAUAUUUUUUACUUUAAGGAUUCCCCGAUUCAACAUGUCAUAUGCUGAUUUUUAGGCCAUUCCCCGAUCCUUGACAAUCCAUUUUUGAUUUUAUAUUUCCAUUUUCCACAGUCCAUCCACUCUUAUUUCCAAGCCGUUUUCUCAUUUUUCCGACAUCCCCGCUUCCUGGAAAAAUUCCUUUUUGACGAAUCAAGGACCAAUUCUAAUUUUUAUUAUCGUGUCACAAUAUCUCUCAAAUGCUUACCGAAGCUGGGGAAUAAUAUUCCUUUUUUUCUGAAUUUUACUGA